CGCUAUUAAGCCAUCGAUUCGGUGUCCCCGCCGUCGGGGCUAUGGACUGUAUGUAGCCAUAUAGGUACCAAUAAUCCGACCAUUGUCAUUGCUAGGUAGACACCUAGGCGCCUGUCUGCCUUGGGAGGCAAAUACUUACUUGGAGGGAAGAAAGCCGACUAGGUACUUAAUACUGCAAUCAACACAUUUAAAGUAGAGGCUGCCCAAGUGGACGGAAGUGACAGGUUUUCCAACCGAACGACUUCGUUAGCAAGCUAUCCGAUAUGUCCAACGACAUCAAGUUUGAUCAGAGCAAUCCUAUCUUUGAGCUUGAGCUUGAUCUCAGCGAAAUCGGCAAUGAAGGUAGCGGCUUUCGUAUACAGAAUGACCCUUCAGCACCGCUUCAACGCAAAAACAUCACGGAGCGGAGGGGUGCUAUUGACGUUCGCUGCACCGGCGUGGAUGUCAUUCAUGGUUACCUGAAAGACGGAGAGGACCUCGCAACUCUCAUCGUACACGAAUUCCAAUUCGACCCCCGUAAGAAAGCUCGACGAAUUGCAACUGUGGAUAUUGAAUACAUCUUCGGAUCCGAUGCUGGGAAAGAGCCUGAGGUCUUAAAUAUAUCCCCUAAAGGACGCAUGACUCUGGUGCCAACGGCACGAACAGAGACAAUCACCAAAAGUGGUGAGUUUAGUGCUGGUGGGAAAAUAUUCGGGGCUGAGGUAGGCAGCAAUUGGAAGUGGGAGAAGGCUACCAGUCGUGAGACCAGCAGUUCAACUACGAUUGUUGGUUCUAUAGACCUCAAGGGUCGAAACUAUGGCGCCUCUAAUGCUGUAUCCUGGACGCUAUUGGAGAACGAGUCGACAAAGACCGGUGUCCCAGCCCAUUUUCGGACCGCAGUGCUCUUGUCUCGCCAAGACUCUGAAGAGUUUUAUCUCACGUUCAAGAUCAGAACUCAGGUGGACUUGGUAAGCCAGUUCGCUCGACUUUUUGGCUCGAUACCCAUAGACGACCCUAUUCGCUAUGAUCCAAUAUUGCCACCCACAAAUAAGUUACGAGAAUACAAUGUAGCCUCUCUCGGUGAAAUUGAUCUCCAGGAACUCGAUAUCGUCUCAUUUACGAACCACGAACUCUGAACUUUGAUGUAUUAGGUAUAUAUCGCUUUUUGCAGUUUGCAGGAUAACGGGUACCUACCUACCUAAGUACCCUAGGGAAGAGAUGGGUGUGAGAUUAAUAGAUUUGAAGAUUUAGAAUCUUCCCGCACUGUAUCAUUAAUUCUGGUGGCAACCCUCCAAUUUGAUUACCCAGCACCUA